GGUCGGAUUUCCCCUUCCCCUCCCUCCCAUGUGACCCACCUGACCACGCUCCUCUCGCUCCUCUUCCUCACAUCACCACCCUCCCCACCUCUCCUCGCCUCCAAAAAAAGCACCGCACCAAAAGGGGAGGUCCGGAGACCACCCGCCUGCACACCGGGUUCGGCGCGGCGGUGCUGGUGGUAGUGGCGGCCUGACGGGGUCAGGAGAUGUCUUCGCGGUCGUCGGUGUCCGUGGGCAGUGGCGGCGGGAGCAGCGCGCGGGGAGCCGGCGCGGGCGGCGCUGCGCUGCCGCUGGCCGUGCUGCUGCGUCGGGAGGUGGUCAGCGAGCGCACCGUGGCGGAGCGGCCGGAGCUGCAUACGGGGCUCUUCAGCCAGGCCAAGAAGGGCGAGGACUUCACCUUUCUCAAGCCCGAAUGCGAGCGCCUCCCCGGCGUCCCGUCCUCAUCCUUCUCCGCCUUCGGCCUGUUUGAUGGGCAUAAUGGGAACGGAGCCGCAAUUUAUACCAAGGAGAAUCUCUUGAACAACAUCUUGAGCGCAGUCCCUGCUGAGCUCAACAGGGAAGACUGGCUUGCUGCGCUUCCAAGAGCGUCGGUUGCAGCAUUCGUCAAAACUGAUAAAGAUUUCCAGACCAAAGCACGUUCUUCAGGGACAACUGUGACGUUUGUCAUAAUAGAUGGAUUGGUUGUUACUGUUGCUUCAGUUGGCGAUUCCCGUUGUGUGCUAGAAGCUGAAGGUUCAAUUUAUCAUUUAUCUUCUGAUCAUCGAUUUGAUGCAAGUAAAGAGGAGGUUGAUCGUGUAACAGAAAGUGGAGGUGAUGUUGGAAGGCUAAAUGUUGUUGGUGGUGCCGAGAUUGGCCCCCUUAGGUGUUGGCCUGGAGGUUUAUGCCUAUCAAGGUCAAUUGGAGAUCAAGAUGUUGGUGAAUUUAUCGUUCCAGUUCCCCUCGUCAAGCAAGUAAAGCUAUCUACUGCGGGAGGCCGACUUAUUAUUGCAAGUGAUGGUGUUUGGGAUGCCUUGUCUGCAGAAGCAGCUUUUAACUGUUCACGGGAACUUUCUCCAGAGCCUGCAGCUGAACAAAUUGUUAAAACAGCUGUGCAAUCAAAAGGACUGAGGGAUGAUACCACCUGUAUUGUUGUUGAUAUAAUAGCAGAAAAAUCCAACCCUUCCGUGCCAGUUCCUAAAAAGCAACCGGGAAUUGGUGUCUUCAAAAAUAUGUUCCGUAAGAAAACAUCAUCCGACUCAUCGUCCCAUGCGGAUAGAGAAUAUAUGGACCCAGACAUUGUGGAGGAAACAUUUGAGGAUGGGUGUGCGCUUCUUUCUAAACGGCUGGAUUCUGAAUAUCCUGUUCGAAAUAUGUUCAAGCUCUUCAUAUGUGCCAUUUGUCAAGUAGAGUUAAAGCCAAACCAAGGGAUAUCUGUACAUGAAGAUUCAUCACAACCUGGGAGCUUGCGUCGCUGGGAUGGUCCGUUCCUUUGCCAGAGCUGUCAGGAAAAGAAAGAAGCAAUGGAGGGAAAGCGUCGUUCACGAGAUUCUUCAUCAAGAAACAGUGGGUCAAGCGAAUAGUUGUCAUAUGUAGAGUUAUCAGGUAACUACUGACCAACAACGCCCAGCGCCACCGAUUUUGCAGCAUUUUCCUUUGUCGUGGCCCUUCCUUGAUCACAUGGAAUGUCUGGGAGUUUUGAUCUAGAACUAGAACGAAGUAUUGAAUUGCCAUUGGGGAGGUGGCUGCCGUUGAAUAGCUCUUAUCCCAUGUGAGAAGCAUGCCUUGUCUUGCAGCAAGGUUCUUGCACAGGAAUGUAGGCAGCUUUACUCAGCCCUUUGACCUUGAUGGCAUAUACAGGUCGAAAGAUUUUCGGUGACAGAAUUGUAGGGCAUGCCUAUUCUAAAUUCAACUGCAAUGCAAAUUACUCAUCGUAUAGAGCUCUGACGAAUAGCUAUGGCUCUGUGAUUCUGAUUUCAGACUAGGUGAGUACUUCCCUGACACCAAUGUAAUUAGCAUCUAAAGAAAUUCUUUCAAACAGCUGUGAUUCAUCAGCAAGACAUCUUUUGUUGUUAUGUACAAUAUACAGAAUCUUGCUAACAAGACAGAUCUGUUAAUUAUUCUGCCUUGUGUCUAUUGUUAUUAACUCCAUUGGUGUACCAAUUGGAAGAUAGAAACUGUACUAGUACCUGUAAAUGCUAGACUGGACUCACUGGAGUUGUCACUGUGACCU